AUGGCUGACUACGAGAAGAAGGGGGGCGAACAUCACAUAAAUGUUGGACACGCACUCCAGAGCGUCACCUCCCUUCGCAGCGCAAGAGAGGAGGCGGACGAUGGAACGGCGUACCUGGAGCAGGACGUGUUUGGUGAUGAAGAGGGCGCACAGAUCAAAUACCGCACUCUGUCAUGGCAGUUCGUGUCCUUCUUCAUGAUUGCGGAGAUCGUCUCGAACGGGAUGCUGUCUCUCCCCUCCUCCCUCGCUGUCGUUGGCAUCGUCCCUGGAGUCAUUCUCGUGGUGUUCCUCGGCAUCUUCGCCACGUACACUGCCGUCCUCCUCAUUGACUUCAAGCUCAAUCACCCAGAGAUCCACAAUAUGGGAGACGCGGGGAUGAUCAUGUUUGGCCCAAUCGGGCGGGAGAUUCUCAGCUUCGGCACGAUCGUAUUCGCCAUCUGUGCGGCGGGUUCCGAGCUCUUGUCGGGCCAGCAGGCACUUACUGUGCUCUCCAACCAGGGACUUUGUGCCGUCGAUCUUGUCAUCAUCUUCACGGCCGCAUCGUUCCUUCUUGCCCUGCCUAGGACACUCGACCGGCUGAGUUGGCUCGGUCUGGCCAGUUUCAUUACCAUUUUCAUUGCUGGAGUGGUUGCCAUGAUCGGGGCCGGCCAGAGCGCUGUACCCGGUCGUGAGAUUGACGCUGUCAUCAGUGGGGAUUUUUAUAGCAGCUUUCUGUCUAUCACCAACCCGGUCUUUGCAUAUGCCGGACAUUUCAUGUUCUUCCCUCUUGUGUCUGAAAUGCACACACCUCGUGAUGCGUACAAGUCUGCAUACUUCCUGCAAGGCUUCGCCACGACUUUCUACGCUAUCUUUGCCGUCGUCUGCUACUGCUACAUCGGGAACACCGUCGCCUCCCCCGUCCUUUUCUCCCUGAACGAAGUUUGGUCCAAGGCAUCCUUCGGCAUCGGUCUUGCCAACUUUCUCGUCGCCGCCGGCCUGUACUCGCACACGGCUGCCAAGUUGCUCUUCAUCCGCUUCUUCCGCGGUACCCGCCAUUUGCAUGAGCACACCACUUGGGGCUGGGUAUGCUGGGUCGUUCUCGUCCUGUUGGCCAACGUCAUCGCCUGCAUAUUCUCCAUCGCCGUGCCCGUGUUCUCAUAUAUUAUCGGUAUCACCGCAGCUUUGUUCGCGAGUUGGUACACUUAUGGUAUCGCUGGCUUCUUCUGGCUGUUCGAUACUUACCAUCAGGGCGGUGGGAGACAUGCGUGGUACAAACAGCCAAUUCGCUUUGCCAUUGCGAUCUUCACCAUCCUGGCUGGUGCAUUCAUCUGCGUAGCUGGCAUUUACGUAUCUAUCAAGCUGAUCGUCGUUUCAUAUCAAGAGGGUGUCAUCGGUGCUCCGUUCACCUGCUAG